AUGCGCCUCUUUAUUCUCGAGAUUGUCACGAUGUUCUCCGUUACGGUGAAUUCUCUACUUGUAGACAAGGCAACCGUGUAUUUGGAAGAGGCAUGCAGGGGCAAAGCAUAUACGAUCACAGCAAACGACAAGUGCACCCAGUUACCCGAAGACUGGUAUGAAUUUUCCAAAGCGACCCUCUUGACUGAAUGGCAACUGAUGAGAGAUGCUUUUAGGAGACGCAAGAUUAAUGGUGCCAAGAUCCCAGAAGGCGUCGUGUGCGAUUUCUAUAUUGACGAGAAAUGCCAGCAACCUCUCUGGAUAGGUAUGGAAGAUCCUGGGACCUGUAGCUUCAGUGAACUGGAAAUCGGGAAUCAGGCAGUCAGUGUUCACUGCUAUGAUGAUACCGAGCGAGGAGAAAUAUGA